CGCUGUUGGACGUCAUGAAUACCGAAACUGUGGACAAGCAAAAUUUGGAGUCGUUGAACGAAAAACAGUUACCUAUCACUGAUCUCCCGUCAGAUACAGAUGAACCAAAUUCUUUGGAACCACCCGAUGGCGGACGCGCUUGGGUAGUUAUGAUUGGCAGUUUCUUUGGCUUGUUUGCUGUGUAAGUAAAAUAUAGCCAGCAGAUGACGCACAAGUAUUGCAAGUUAACCAAUCAAGAAAUAUCAAUCAGCUACGGAGUCAACUAUUCGUGGGGUGUCUUUCUCAAGGAAUACAACAAAAACGUGUAUCCGCAACAAAUGACAAAAUUGUCGUGGAUCGGAUCUAUUUGCAUUGCCAUGUUUUUCAUUCUAGGACCAAUCAAUGACUGGGUUGUGCGCAAACUUGGAUAUACAAAGAUGCUUUUAAUAGCUGCCAUUUUGUGUCCUUUGGCUUUAAUGUUAGCCAGUAUCAGUCACGAGAUAUGGCAUCUGUAUCUAACCCAAGGUCUCAUGUUCGGGAUUGGUGCUUCCUUUGUCUGGUUUCCUUGUAUCAGUGCACCCCAACAAUGGUUUACCAAACGUCGAGGUUUGGGAGUGGGCGUUGCCAUGUCGGGCGCUGGUAUUGGAAGUCUUAUCUGUUCCAACAUUACCCAGGCUGUUAUUAGCAGUCUUGAUUACCGAUGGGCUCUCAGAAUCCUUGGUUUCAUAUGUUUCGUGUUCCUUUUGCUUUCGGCUGCCACUAUCCGAACAUUUGCUCCAAACUGCGAAGAAGCCUCGGCCAAUGGCAUCAAACGAAAAUCGAUGAUCCGGAUUCAGCUGGAUCUCCUCAAGAACGUUCAAUUUGAUAUCAUGCUGAUGAUUGGUUUUAUUACGACUUUUGGUUACCUCGUCCCGUCCUUUCUGUUGCCAUCUUAUGCGGAAUUUUUGGGCCUCAAUCCUUGGAUCGGCACAAACUUGUCGGCCAUCAUGUCUGCUGUCAAUGUAGUGGCUAAACUUAUUAGUGGUUAUACGAGUGACCGCAUCGGACGCAUCAACGGAUUGGUUAUAUGCACAUUGUUGGCGGGACUCAUGAGUCUUGCUGUAUGGACCAACGCCAAAACGGAAGCAGCGAUUUGGGUAUUUGCCGUUCUUUACGGGUUCUUUGGUGGCGGGCAUUUGACAUUGUUUCCAGCGUCAUUGCCGCAAGUAGCUGGAUACGACAAUAUUCCUGCAGCCAACGGUUUGGUGUAUUUCACAAACACUUUUGGUUAUUUAGUGGGGACUCCGAUUGCUUCAGCUUUGAUCAACCAAACCAAUCCACCCAACUAUUCGAACGCAAGUAUAUGGGCUGGUGUCUUGAUGCUGACGGGCGGAUUUCUGGCGCUAGCUUUGCGUGUGGUAAAAGCAGGUUGGCAUGUACUUACGGUUGUCUAAAAAACAAUGAUACAUUGCUCAAGGGAAGGGAAAAAAAAAGGUACAUGGCCGACAGCUAGGGGUGCCCGAGAUUGCCUUAAAAAGCUUUCCGUGUGGCUGAGACCUUUACUCUUAUCACCUGAUCAGGAUAAUACCUGCGAAGGGAAGCCGUCGACCUUAGAUUAUAGACAUUUGGC